GUUCCAGCCUGGAGAUGAAGCCGGAGACGCGUGUGGUUUGGCGGGUGACCACGGCCGGGCUCUUCGUGGCUCUGCUCGUCACCGCCGUCACUUUUGCGGUUCAAGCUUUUCAACCCCGACCCCAACCCUGCUUUCGGUGUCCCUUCGACUGGAUCGGCUACAGAGGAAAAUGUUAUUAUUUUUCCGAGGCGGAAAGGAACUGGACAUCCAGUCGGGAUAACUGCUCGGCGCUCGGCGCUUCCUUGGCCGUGCUCGACGGCGUUGAGGAUUUGACCUUCGUGAUGAGAUACAACGGGAUCGCGGAGCAUUGGGUCGGCCUUUCGCGGGAAGACGAGGAGCAACCGUGGACGUGGGUGAACCACUCGCGUUUAUCUCACCCGUGA